AUGUCGGUAUCGCCGUCAUCGUCAUCGUCGCCAUGGCUCGCUGCGUCGUCAUCAUCGACAUCUGCACCAGCAAACGACACUGAUCCAUGGGCUGCCACGACUAUCAACUCGGGCUUGCUUGCUCCUCAGCAACAGCAACUACGCAGUCGCAGAUCGUCUCCUUCUCUGCCUUUGAGCUCGAACACACAGGUGGUCGAUCGUCAUCCUUUACGCUCUCCUUCACCCGGUCACGGCGUGGCUGGCCCUUCCAACCUCCUCGAUCGUCCUAGCGCUGCUCCUAGAAGACCUUCUGCCGUCGCUUCGGAAUGGAAGGCUAUCGGCGCUGGACUGGCGGGUCUCUUUGGUGCAGGCUCUCAUUCAGCUAGCCCCUCGUCCAGUUACAGAUGGCCUGCUGAUCCUGCAUCUUCGAGCAUCUCCAAACGCGCUUCUCGACAGUCUGCAUCGCAUGCUGGGAACCUCAUUCAUAAUGACGACGACGACGAUGAUGAUGAUGAUGAUGAUGAUGAUGAAGCUCGCAAAGGUCGCCCCAUCAAUACUGUCGAAACAACACUAGAUCGUUUGGAAGAUUGGUUUGGACUCAAACAGCAGCAGCAGCAGCAGCAGCAGCAAUCAUCCUUCUCCUCCGGCGCACCUUCACAUCGUACAGCUGCAGUCUCCUCUACAUCGCACGGCGCGGAUACAGAGCAAGUGCGCGUCCUCAUUCAUCCCGUCGCUCCAACAGAUACUUUACCUUCCUUGGCUCUCCACUACGGUGCCGAUAUCCAGGUGCUGCGCAAAUCGAACAAGCUCUGGCCUGGCGACCCGGUGCAGAUUCGAAAAGUCAUCUACAUCCCCGUCGACAGCUGCAAACAUCGUCCACCUAACGCAGAGAUCAAAGUGGUGCCAGCCACACGAGGCACCGUAGAUGCGACAAGUGCAAACACCCUCGUUUUUGUGCCGAGAGCAGAAGAGGAGGAUCUGCUUACUGGUACGCCUACUGCAGAGAUCGCACAGCCCAGUUUCAUGGCAGACAACCUAGCUGCAAUGCGCGUUUCAGAUCCAGUGAGCAACUUCAUGCCAGACACCAACAAGGCGUACACCGAUUCGACGUCGUCUGCACCUGCGCUCUUUGGCACCUCUCUCACUCGCGCUGGUUCGAUCAAUGAUGUCAAGCAGCAGCAGCAAACGUCCUCAACGUCGUACCCCACCAGCUUAACACCGUCACUUCGAAACCUAAACCAGCAGCACUCUCUACCAAAGGACAAGCUUGCAACCGGCAGUAGCAGCAGCUUCGGUGGUGGCGGUGCCGGCGGCUCCAACACCCCAAGCGUUGCAGCUUCGGCUUCGGCUGCCAGUUCCGGGUUCGUACCACCACGCCAGCCUUUGCACGUGGCCAAAGUGCCUGCCGAACAGCUGCGAUUCUUUGCCAACGAUGCAAAAGCUUCUUCCUCAUCGAAUCGCAAACCCUGUCCUGGGGAUGUCGAUUAUCGACCUGGUGAGAGUGGCAUUGACGAUCUGUUAGCUUUGGGCACCCAACAGCAGCAGCAGCACAACAACGGCGUUCGACCUGAACUGAGCCGUCAGUCGUCCAUCAGCAACGUAUCGCGCUUCAACGACGACGAUGAAGAAGAAGACGAAUGGAAACCGAACACUUGGCACUUUGGCAGCAGUGGGUCAACCCACAACACGCUUAAUCCCGCGCCGAGGAGUGACACGAACGGAGCAGACUCGUACACAGGCUGGAACGACGCUCCUCCACCACCCAACGCCAUUGUCGCAAAAGCUUAUGAUGGCGGCAAAGCAUACCAAAAGCGACAGGCGCAGAAGUCACAUCGUUUGCUAUACGAUCUGGCUGCGGGCUUGCCGGCCAACACUGGCGCUGCGAGUAAAUGGGCGAGACCGAUUCAGUUUGGUGAUUCGCUGCCCAGUGGCGUCGAUGCUGGCUCGUCAGCGGUCAGAUCUGCUUCGGCAAGUGGUAGUAAGGGUAAAGGUGGAUUGGGCAAGCUGUUGGACGACACAAUUCGGGGCAGGAUCAGUGUCGAAGCUGCAUUAGAGGGGGCGCUGGAAGGUGUGCGUGGGAAAGCUUCGCUGCCGCAGACAAGGAUCGGCCCACCGCCACCAUCAGCAAGGUCAGUGACAAGAACAGCAGCGACAGGACAGCCUCGUAGUCAACCUGCCUACUCUCCUUACUCUCCAGCGGCCGCACCGACACCACCACCACCACCUCCUCCUCUGCAAGGCGCGCAGGGUGCAUUGAUCGACCCGCUCUCCUCUUCGUCGACUAACAACACGAUGCGAUCCUAUGUCCCAGCUUCCGGGCUGGAACAGCGGAGAAAGGUCGACUGGGCCAAAGGCAAAGACGAUUAG